AUGGGAAUUCCGUAUCUAACGCGCCAUCUCGCUUCCUUCUCGGAAUCGACUUUACUAGGUACCAGCCAGGAUUCCUCAUGCAAGGCUAUAAAGUCCGUUGUCAUUGACGGUCCUGGACUUGUGCACUAUGUUCACUCGGUGUUAUUGUCACAGGCAAGCAGCAGUCUAAGUCAAGUGGAACGCCAACCCAGCUGCAAUGAAGUCAGUGUGGCGUUCAUGACCUAUCUUGUUAUCCUCCAGACGUCUGGAGUAAAUAUUCUCCGAAUAUAUUUUGACGGUGCUUUACCCUUGAACAAAAGGGAUACUAGACUGUCAAGACUGGAGGCGUCGAGGAAACAAUUGGAGAUAUUUUGUCUGAGCCACCGGGAAGGUUUCAAAUGGUCUCCUAUUGAACAACGACCUGCAUUGAUUGAUCCCGUGAGAUUUUUGCAAGAUUCUCACACAUCUCUUAAACGACCCCUGUUGCCGGGAAAUCCGUUCAUGGUAUCCGCUGUAGUCGAGGAUCUAAAGUCCAGAUGGACUCAUUCAGAGAUGAGCUUAUAUUUACCCAGGAAUCUGAUUGAUACAUACAAAGCAAACAAUAAUCAAUAUCACCCCUGGUCAGAUAUCACCGAGAUAAUCACCGGAGAAGCCGAUGUAUUUUGUGCUGCGCUGGCGUCCCAAAAUCCCGGCGCAGCUAUACUCACAAGCGACUCCGAUCUACUUCUAUUUGACAUUGGGCCUGAAAGCACCAUUAUAUUCUUCGAUACUAUUCGUGUUGAAGAUGCCGGGAAUAAGAUUGUCCCAACCGAAUUACCCAUGACUAUAAAAGCUAUGAAAUACCAUCCCCCCUCAAUCGCAGAUCGAUUGGGUAUACCUGCACUCUCCUAUCUCGCCCAUGAACUGAAUCAAAGCCCUCGAUCAAAACUUGCAGAGCUUGUUCGUCGCGCAAAAAUUGCGUCGGACUUGACCCCGAAGACAUCGGCAUAUGUCUCAUUCCUAGAGGAAUACGACUUGCAAAACUUCCUUCAAUAUGACCCAUCAGAGGCACACGCUCUACAAAAUCUCGAUACGAGAAUCUCCGAGUUAUUCGUGCAAUGUCUCUGGACUAACAACAAUUUCCAGGAUCAGCGCCAAGCUCUGCAUAUAUAUCUACCAUUCUUAGUAGAAGACCAUUCACGAAAGUGUGCAUGGGCCGAAAGCGUGGAAUUCAGAAGACUUGCGUAUUCUCUACUCAAUUUGAACGGUGCUUUAACGACUGGGUCGAGAUUGACCGCUGUUAUUGAAUGUGUACGGCGAGGAAGGAGAUUGUGCCUCGACAACAUCGAUUUAUAUAGCAUCGGAGAAGAAGUUGAAAGGGAAUCAGCUUCUCUUCUGGAUGGACUCGAGUCCUUCCAAAGGCAAUAUCAUCUUCGUCACCAGCAUGCAAACUAUGGCUCUCCACUCUUUUGGCGAACAUACGCAUUAUACGAGAUCCACAGAGACUGGUUCACGACAAACAAUCAGCCCUCCCCAUUCAAGAAUCACGUCGCUCUAAAAUCCUUCCUCGGUCUGAGCCGAGGCACUGAAUAUGAUACUUUCGAUAACGAGACCAUUGAAUGGGAUGAUAUUCAUUCACUGGCGCAGUUGCAAGCGGUGCUGUAUUCGUUACGCAUGGUGUAUCAGAUACUUCAGGGUCUCGCACAGGAUCAAAGAGGAGGAUCACUUGCGCGACUUUGUGAUAUUCUGGCACAGCUUCCAUCUCUGCAGGUGUUGAUGAGAUCCUUUCAUGAAGUGAGGAGGGAAUUGUAUGGAUUUGAGCCGACGUUGGUUACAGAUACCAGGUGUUCCUCAUGA